CAGCAAUAAAUUUUGUUUACUUAUCGAGUUUUUAUUAAGUUUUUCAGCAUAUUGUAACAGUAACGCGUUCAAGUAGCUAGUCUGAUAUGAAAUUAUUGACACUCCUAAAAAUAUUGAUUCUCAUCUCCUUAAUACACAACAGUAUGGAACAUCCAGUCAUCGAUUCCAACUAUAUCAAAAGUUACAAAGCGAGACCAUUGUCUUUACACCAUCAAUCUAAAAAAGGCAUAAGAAAAGACACAAGAUUAAAAGUCAUCACACCAAAGUACCUUAAACCUGCUUCCCAAAUUCGAUUGCCACCUUGGCCCUUGAGAAAAUCUUGGUCUGGUGCUAAAUGGUCGUUAGCAGGGUUAUCAGCAAAAGGGUGGUCGUCGGGCUUGAAACCCGAUGAUUACUUACCAAAUGGUGUGCGACUAAGUGACCUAUUGAUGUUGAAGGAGAUCCAACAGGCUUUUCCAAGGCCAGUUGCAACUUCAGGAUCUAAUUGUAUCCCAAUGCCGCCUCCUAUGCCUCCUGCAAUACCACUUCCAAUGGCCCCUCCAUUUCUUCCUCCUUUCCCCCCUCCAAUACUCAUACCAGUACAUCCAAGCAUGUCUACACCAACCACAACAAGAAUCUCAAGCACGACGACUAAAAGCACAACGCAGUUGCCCACUGAGUAUGAGACAACCGUGAAAAAGACUACGAAGCAUCUGAAAACGACAACUACCAAAGUCGAAGAACCAACAAUAACAAAAACACCAGACGUAACUAACAUACCAAAAGAAAAUACAUCAACUACCACAUCAUCAAAAACAGAAUUACCGAGAACAACGAUUAAGGAAAUAAUAACACAAGAAACCGAAAUAACUAUGGCACCAAAAAUAACAGAUGAAACUAAAACACAAAAAAUAAGGGAUUGGACAAAAACAACUAUGACACCAACAAAUAAAGAAGAAACUGAAAUAUCUACCACACCAAAAAAAACACAGGGAACUAAAACUACCCCAACAGAAAAAAUAACAACAGAAAUUGAAACAUCUGAAAAAUAUACCAUAACAGAAGAAACCCAAAUAACUCCCAAAAGUACAAAAACAGAAGAGAUUGAAAUCAGUACAGAAACAGAAGCGACAAAAACAACUUUAACUAGUACAAAAACUGAAGGGGCUGGAACAACUUCCACAGAGUUAAUAUCAGAAGAAACAAAACCAACUCCCGAUAGUACAAUAAAGAAAGAUACCGAAACACCUUCCACAGCUACAAAAACAAAAAGGCCUGAAACAACUCGUACUGAAACAAAAAUAGAAGUGUCUAGACCAAAUCCCACAAGUACAGAAACAGAUAUAACAGAAACAACUUUGGCUAGUACAAAAUCAAAAGUAACUGCAACAGAUAAAAUAACUAAAGAAACUACAACAACUGCGUUUAGUAUAAAAACAGAAGAAACUGAAACUAGUACAGAAACAGAAGAAACUGAAACUAGUACGAAAAUAGAAGCGACUGAAACAACUCCCACUAGUAUAAAAAUAGAGGAAACAGAAACAACUACCGAUAGAAUAAAAACAGAAGGGACAGUAACAAGUCCCAUAGGUACAAAAACACAAAGUACUGAAACAACUCCACUGGAAAAAAUAACGACAAGUAUUGAAACAACUCAACAAACACAAAAAGCAAAAACCACUUCCACAGGUACAAAAACAGAAGACAUAGUGAAUACUCACACAAAAGGAACUGAAACAAGCGGCACCGAUGCAAUAACAGAAAAAACUAAAUCAACUCCCGCUAGUACGAAAACGGUAGUGACUGAACCAACUCACACUGCAACGCAAACACAGAGUACUGAAACGUCUCACACAGGUACAGUAACAGUUGGAACUACAAGAACAGGAACAAAAACAGAAGGGACUGAAACUAGUAUAAAACCGGAAGUGACAGAAACUAGUAUUCCACCGGAAAUGACUGAAAUAACUCACACUGCUACGCAAACACAGAGUACUGAAACGUCUCAUACAAGUACAGUAACAAUUGAAACUACAAGAACAGGAACACAAACAGAAGGGACUGAAACUAGUAUAAAACCAGAAGUGACUGAAACUAGUACUCUACCGGAAAUGACUGAAAUAACUCACACUGCAACGCAAACACAGAGUACUGAAACGUCUCAUACAGGUACAGUAACAGUUGGAACUACAAGAACAGGAACAAAAACAGUAGGAACUGAAACUAGUAUAAAACCGGAAGAGACUGAAACUAGUAUUCAACCGGAAGUGACUGAAAUAACUCACACUGCUACGCAAACACUAACAGUAACAGUUGGAACUACAAGAACAGGAACAAAAACAGAAGGGACUGAAACUAGUAUAAAACCGGAAGUGACUGCAACUAGUAUUCAACCGGAAGUGACUGAAAUAACUCACACUGAUACGCAAACACAUAGUACUGAAACGUCUCAUACAAGUACAGUAACAGUUGGAACUACAAGAACAGGAACAAAAACAGAAGGGACUGAAACUAGUAUAAAACCGGAAGUGACUGAAACUAGUAUAACACCGGAAGUGACUGAUACUAGUAUUCUACCGGAAGUGACUAAAAUAACUCACACUGCAACGCAAACACAGAGUACUGAAACGUUACAUACAGGUACAGUAACAAUUGGAACUACAAGAACAGGAACACAAACAGAAGGGACUGAAACUAGUAUAAAACCAGAAGUGACUGAAACUAGUACUCUACCGGAAAUGACUGAAAUAACUCAUACUGCAACGCAAACACAGAGUACUGAAACGUCUCAUACAGGUACAGUAACAGUUGGAACUACAAGAACAGGAACAAAAACAGAAGGGACUGAAACUAGUAUAAAGCCGGAAGAGACUGAAACUAGUAUUCAACCGGAAGUGACUGAAAUAACUCACACUGCUACGCAAACACUAACAGUAACAGUUGGAACUACAAGAACAGGAACAAAAACAGAAGGGACUGAAACUAGUAUAAAACCGGAAGUGACUGCAACUAGUAUUCAACCGGAAGUGACUGAAAUAACUCACACUGAUACGCAAACACAUAGUACUGAAACGUCUCAUACAGGUACAGUAACAGUUGGAACUACAAGAAUAGGAACAAAAACAGAAGGGACUGAAACUAGUAUAAAACCGGAAGUGACUGAAACUAGUAUAAAACCGGAAGUGACUGAAACUAGUAUAAAACCGGAAGUGACUGAUACUAGUAUUCUACCGGAAGUGACUGAAAUAACUCACACUGCUACGCAAACACAGAGUAUUGAAACGUCUCAUACAGGUACAGUAACAGUUGGAACUACAAGAACAGGAACAAAAACAGAUGGGACUGAAACUAAUAUAAAACCGGAAGUGACUGAAACUAGUAUUCAACCGGAAGUGACUGAAAUAACUCACACUGCUACGCAAACACAGAGUACUGAAACAUCUCAUACAGGUACAGUAACAAUUGGAACUACAAGAACAGGAACAAAAACAGAAGGGACUGAUACUAGUAUAAAACCAGAAGUGACUGAAACCAGUAUUCCACCGGAAGUGACUGAAAUAACUCACACUGCUACGCAAACACAGAGUACUGAAACGUCUCAUAUAGGUACAGUAACAGUUGGAACUACAAGAACAGGAACAAAAACAGAAGUUACUGAGUCAAUUCCCGCUAUUACAAAAACAGAAGAAACUGACGAGAUUGCAACCACUACCGCUGGUACAAAAACAAAAUUGACGGAAACAACUCACGCUGGUACAAAGACAAGAAUGACUGAAACAAUUCCCGCUAUUACAACAGAAGGAAUUCUAACAACUAUUUCUGGAACAAUAACGGAAGGGACUGAAACUAAUAUACAAACAGAAGUGAUUGCAACCACUCCGGCUGGUACGAAAACAGAAGUGACGGAAACAAUUCCCGCUAUAACAAAAACAGAAGGAACCAUAACAACUUUCUCAGGAACAAUUACAGAAGGGACUGAAACUGGUAUAAAAACAGACGAGAUUGCAACCACUACCGCUGGUACAAAAACAAAAUUGACGGAAACAACAAACGCUGGUACAAAGACAGGAAUGACUGAAACAAUUCCCGCUAUUACAACAGAAGGAAUUCUAACAACUAUUUCUGGAACAAUAACAGAAGGGACUGAAACUGGAAUUAAAACGGAUGUAAUUGCAACCACUCCCGCUGGUACGAAAACAGAAGUUACUGAAUCAAUUCCCACCAUUACAAAAACAGAAGGAACUAUAAUAACUUUUUCGGGAACAAUAACAGAAGGGACUGAUACUGGAAUUAAAACAGAAGUGACUGCAACCACUCCCGCUGGUACGAAAACAGAAGUUACUGAAUCAAUUCCCACCAUUACAAAACCAGAAGAAACUAUAACAACUUCCUCAGGAACAAUUACAGAAGGGACUGAAACUGGUAUAAAAACAGACGAGAUUGCAACCACUACCGCUGGUACAAAAACAAAAUUGACGGAAACAACUCACGCUGGUACAAAGACAGGAAUGACUGAAACAAUUCCCGCUAUUACAACAGAAGGAAUUUUAACAACUAUUUCUGGAACAAUAACAGAAGGGACUGAAACUGGAAUUAAAACGGAUGUAAUUGCAACCACUCCCGCUGGUACGAAAACAGAAGUUACUGAAUCAAUUCCCACCAUUACAAAAACAGAAGGAACUAUAACAACUUUUUCGGGAACAAUAACAGAAGGGACUGAUACUGGAAUUAAAACAGAAGUGACUGCAACCACUCCCGCUGGUACGAAAACAGAAGUUACUGAAUCAAUUCCCACCAUUACAAAAACAGAAGGAACUAUAACAACUUUUUCGGGAACAAUAACAGAAGGGACUGAAACUGGAAUUAAAACGGAUGUAAUUGCAACCACUCCCGCUGGUACGAAAACAGAAGUUACUGAAUCAAUUCCCACCAUUACAAAAACAGAAGGAACUAUAACAACUUUUUCGGGAACAAUAACAGAAGGGACUGACACUGGAAUUAAAACAGAAGUGACUGCAACCACUCCCGCUGAUACGAUAACAGAAGUGACGGAAACAAUUCCCGCUAUAACGAAAACAGAAGGAACUAUAACAACUUCCUCAGGAACAAUUACAGAAGGGACUGAAACUGGUAUAAAAACAGACGAGAUUGCAACCACUACCGCUGGUACAAAAACAAAAUUGACGGAAACAACUCACGCUGGUACAAAGACAGGAAUGACUGAAACAAUUCCCGCUAUUACAACAGAAGGAAUUCUAACAACUAUUUCUGGAACAAUAACAGAAGGGACUGAAACUGGAAUUAAAACGGAUGUAAUUGCAACCACUCCGGCUGGUACGAAAACAGAAGUGACGGAAACAAUUCCCGCUAUAACAAAAACAGAAGGAACCAUAACAACUUUCUCAGGAACAAUUACAGGAGGGACUGAAACUAGUAUACACACAGAAGUGAUUGCAACCACUCCCGCUGGUACAAAAACAGAAGUGACGGAAACAAUUCCCGUUAUAACAAAAACAGAAGGAACCAUAACAACUUCCUCAGGAAAAAUUACAGGAGGGACUGAUACUGGUAUAAAAACAGACGAGAUUGCAACCACUAUCGAUGGUACAAAAACAAAAUUGACGGAAACAACUCAUGCUGGUACAAAGACAGGAGUGACUGAAACAAUUUCCGCUAUUGUGACAACAGAAGGAACUAUAACAACUAUUUCUGGAACAAUAAUAGAAGGAACUGAAACUGGAAUUAAAACAGAUGUAAUUGUAACCACUCCCGCUGGUACGAAAACAGAAGUUACUGAAUCAAUUCCCACCAUUACAAAAACAGAAGGAACUAUAACAACUUUUUCGGGAACAAUAACAGAAGGGACUGAUACUGGAAUUAAAACAGAAGUGACUGCAACCACUCCCGCUGGUACGAAAACAGAAGUUACUGAAUCAAUUCCCACCAUUACAAAAACAGAAGGAACUAUAACAACUUUUUCGGGAACAAUAACAGAAGGGACUGAUACUGGAAUUAAAACAGAAGUGACUGCAACCACUCCCGCUGGUACGAAAACAGAAGUUACUGAAUCAAUUCCCACCAUUACAAAAACAGAAGGAACUAUAACAACUUUCUCAGGAAUAACAAUAGAAGGGACUGAAACUGGCAUAAAAACAGACGAGAUUGCCACCACUCCCGCUGGUACAAAAACAAAACCGACUGAUACAACGCACGCUGGUACAAUGACAGGCGUGACUGACACAAUUCCCGCUAUUACAACAGAAGGAAUUUUAACAACUAUUUCUGGAACAAUAACAGAAGGGACUGAAACUGGAAUUAAAACGGAUGUAAUUGCAACCACUCCCGUUGGUACGAAAACAGAAGUUACUGAAUCAAUUCCCACCAUUACAAAAACAGAAGGAACUAUAACAACUUUUUCGGGAACAAUAACAGAAGGGACUGAUACUGGAAUUAAAACAGAAGUGACUGCAACCACUCCCGCUGGUACAAAAACAGACGUGACGAAAACAAUUCCCGCUAUAACAAAAACAGAAGGACCCAUAACAACUUUCUCAGGAACAAUUACAGGAGGGACUGAAACUAGUAUACACACAGAAGUGAUUACAGCUACUUCCGCUGGUACAAAAACAGAAGUUACUGAAUCAAUUCCCGCUAUUACAAAAACAGAAGGAACUAUAACAACUUUCUCAGGAAUAACAAUAGAAGGGACUGAAACUGGCAUAAAAACAGACGAGAUUGCCACUACUCCCGCUGGUACAAAAACAAAACCGACGGAUACAACGCACACUGGUACAAUGACAGGCGUGACUGACACAAUUCCCGCUAUUACAACAGAAGGAAUUUUAACAACUUUUUCGGGAACAAUAACAGAAGGGACUUAUACUGGAAUUAAAACAGAAGUGACUGCAACCACUCCCGCUGGUACGAAAACAGAAGUUACUGAAUCAAUUCCCACCAUUACAAAAACAGAAGGAACUAUAACAACUUUUUCGGGAACAAUAACAGAAGGGACUGAUACUGGAAUUAAAACAGAAGUGACUGCAACCACUCCCGCUGGUACGAAAACAGAAGUUACUGAAUCAAUUCCCACCAUUACAAAAACAGAAGGAACUAUAACAACUUUUUCGGGAACAAUAACAGAAGGGACUGAUACUGGAAUUAAAACAGAAGUGACUGCAACCACUCCCGCUGGUACGAAAACAGAAGUUACUGAAUCAAUUCCCACCAUUACAAAAACAGAAGGAACUAUAACAACUUUCUCAGGAAUAACAAUAGAAGGGACUGAAACUGGCAUAAAAACAGACGAGAUUGCCACUACUCCCGCUGGUACAAAAACAAAACCGACGGAUACAACGCACACUGGUACAAUGACAGGCGUGACUGACACAAUUCCCGCUAUUACAACAGAAGGAAUUUUAACAACUUUUUCGGGAACAAUAACAGAAGGGACUUAUACUGGAAUUAAAACAGAAGUGACUGCAACCACUCCCGCUGGUACGAAAACAGAAGUUACUGAAUCAAUUACCACCAUUACAAAAACAGAAGGAACUAUAACAACUUUUUCGGGAACAAUAACAGAAGGGACUGAUACUGGAAUUAAAACAGAAGUGACUGCAACCACUCCCGCUGGUACGAAAACAGAAGUUACUGAAUCAAUUCCCACCAUUACAAAAACAGAAGGAACUAUAACAACUUUUUCGGGAACAAUAACAGAAGGGACUGAUACUGGAAUUAAAACAGAAGUGACUGCAACCACUCCCGCUGGUACGAAAACAGAAGUUACUGAAUCAAUUCCCACCAUUACAAAAACAGAAGGAACUAUAACAACUUUCUCAGGAAUAACAAUAGAAGGGACUGAAACUGGCAUAAAAACAGACGAGAUUGCCACUACUCCCGCUGGUACAAAAACAAAACCGACGGAAACAACGCACGCUGGUACAAUGACAGGCGUGACUGACACAAUUCCCGCUAUUACAACAGAAGGAAUUUUAACAACUAUUUCUGGAACAAUAACAGAAGGGACUGAAACUGGAAUUAAAACGGAUGUAAUUGCAACCACUCCCGUUGGUACGAAAACAGAAGUUACUGAAUCAAUUCCCACCAUUACAAAAACAGAAGGAACUAUAACAACUUUUUCGGGAACAAUGACAGAAGGGACUGAUACUGGAAUUAAAACAGAAGUGACUGCAACCACUCCCGCUGGUACAAAAACAGACGUGACGAAAACAAUUCCCGCUAUAACAAAAACAGAAGGACCCAUAACAACUUUCUCAGGAACAAUUACAGGAGGGACUGAAACUAGUAUACACACAGAAGUGAUUACAGCUACUUCCGCUGGUACAAAAACAGAAGUUACUGAAUCAAUUCCCGCUAUUACAAAAACAGAAGGAACUAUAACAACUUUCUCAGGAAUAACAAUAGAAGGGACUGAAACUGGCAUAAAAACAGACGAGAUUACCACUACUCCCGCUGGUACAAAAACAAAACCGACGGAUACAACGCACGCUGGUACAAUGACAGGCGUGACUGACACAAUUCCCGCUAUUACAACAGAAGGAAUUUUAACAACUAUUUCUGGAACAAUAACAGAAGGGACUGAAACUGGAAUUAAAACGGAUGUAAUUGCAACCACUCCCGUUGGUACGAAAACAGAAGUUACUGAAUCAAUUCCCACCAUUACAAAAACAGAAGGAACUAUAACAACUUUUUCGGGAACAAUAACAGAAGGGACUGAUACUGGAAUUAAAACAGAAGUGACUGCAACCACUCCCGCUGGUACGAAAACAGAAGUUACUGAAUCAAUUCCCACCAUUACAAAAACAGAAGGAACUAUAACAACUUUCUCAGGAAUAACAAUAGAAGGGACUGAAACUGGCAUAAAAACAGACGAGAUUGCCACUACUCCCGCUGGUACAAAAACAAAACCGACGGAUACAACGCACGCUGGUACAAUGACAGGCGUGACUGACACAAUUCCCGCUAUUACAACAGAAGGAAUUUUAACAACUAUUUCUGGAACAAUAACAGAAGAGACUGAAACUGGAAUUAAAACGGAUGUAAUUGCAACCACUCCCGUUGGUACGAAAACAGAAGUUACUGAAUCAAUUCCCACCAUUACAAAAACAGAAGGAACUAUAACAACUUUUUCGGGAACAAUAACAGAAGGGACUGAUACUGGAAUUAAAACAGAAGUGACUGCAACCACUCCCGCUGGUACGAAAACAGAAGUUACUGAAUCAAUUCCCACCAUUACAAAAACAGAAGGAACUAUAACAACUUUUUCGGGAACAAUAACAGAAGGGACUGAUACUGGAAUUAAAACAGAAGUGACUGCAACCACUCCCGCUGGUACGAAAACAGAAGUUACUGAAUCAAUUCCCACCAUUACAAAAACAGAAGGAACUAUAACAACUUUUUCGGGAACAAUAACAGAAGGGACUGAUACUGGAAUUAAAACAGAAGUGACUGCAACCACUCCCGCUGGUACGAAAACAGAAGUUACUGAAUCAAUUCCCACCAUUACAAAAACAGAAGGAACUAUAACAACUUUCUCAGGAAUAACAAUAGAAGGGACUGAAACUGGCAUAAAAACAGACGAGAUUGCCACUACUCCCGCUGGUACAAAAACAAAACCGACGGAUACAACGCACACUGGUACAAUGACAGGCGUGACUGACACAAUUCCCGCUAUUACAACAGAAGGAAUUUUAACAACUUUUUCGGGAACAAUAACAGAAGGGACUUAUACUGGAAUUAAAACAGAAGUGACUGCAACCACUCCCGCUGGUACGAAAACAGAAGUUACUGAAUCAAUUACCACCAUUACAAAAACAGAAGGAACUCUAACAACUUUUUCGGGAACAAUAACAGAAGGGACUGAUACUGGAAUUAAAACAGAAGUGACUGCAACCACUCCCGCUGGUACGAAAACAGAAGUUACUGAAUCAAUUCCCACCAUUACAAAAACAGAAGGAACUAUAACAACUUUUUCGGGAACAAUAACAGAAGGGACUGAUACUGGAAUUAAAACAGAAGUGACUGCAACCACUCCCGCUGGUACGAAAACAGAAGUUACUGAAUCAAUUCCCACCAUUACAAAAACAGAAGGAACUAUAACAACUUUCUCAGGAAUAACAAUAGAAGGGACUGAAACUGGCAUAAAAACAGACGAGAUUGCCACUACUCCCGCUGGUACAAAAACAAAACAGACGGAAACAACGCACGCUGGUACAAUGACAGGCGUGACUGACACAAUUCCCGCUAUUACAACAGAAGGAAUUUUAACAACUAUUUCUGGAACAAUAACAGAAGGGACUGAAACUGGAAUUAAAACGGAUGUAAUUGCAACCACUCCCGUUGGUACGAAAACAGAAGUUACUGAAUCAAUUCCCACCAUUACAAAAACAGAAGGAACUAUAACAACUUUUUCGGGAACAAUGACAGAAGGGACUGAUACUGGAAUUAAAACAGAAGUGACUGCAACCACUCCCGCUGGUACAAAAACAGACGUGACGAAAACAAUUCCCGCUAUAACAAAAACAGAAGGACCCAUAACAACUUUCUCAGGAACAAUUACAGGAGGGACUGAAACUAGUAUACACACAGAAGUGAUUACAGCUACUUCCGCUGGUACAAAAACAGAAGUUACUGAAUCAAUUCCCGCUAUUACAAAAACAGAAGGAACUAUAACAACUUUCUCAGGAAUAACAAUAGAAGGGACUGAAACUGGCAUAAAAACAGACGAGAUUACCACUACUCCCGCUGGUACAAAAACAAAACCGACGGAUACAACGCACGCUGGUACAAUGACAGGCGUGACUGACACAAUUCCCGCUAUUACAACAGAAGGAAUUUUAACAACUAUUUCUGGAACAAUAACAGAAGGGACUGAAACUGGAAUUAAAACGGAUGUAAUUGCAACCACUCCCGUUGGUACGAAAACAGAAGUUACUGAAUCAAUUCCCACCAUUACAAAAACAGAAGGAACUAUAACAACUUUUUCGGGAACAAUAACAGAAGGGACUGAUACUGGAAUUAAAACAGAAGUGACUGCAACCACUCCCGCUGGUACGAAAACAGAAGUUACUGAAUCAAUUCCCACCAUUACAAAAACAGAAGGAACUAUAACAACUUUCUCAGGAAUAACAAUAGAAGGGACUGAAACUGGCAUAAAAACAGACGAGAUUGCCACUACUCCCGCUGGUACAAAAACAAAACCGACGGAUACAACGCACGCUGGUACAAUGACAGGCGUGACUGACACAAUUCCCGCUAUUACAACAGAAGGAAUUUUAACAACUAUUUCUGGAACAAUAACAGAAGAGACUGAAACUGGAAUUAAAACGGAUGUAAUUGCAACCACUCCCGUUGGUACGAAAACAGAAGUUACUGAAUCAAUUCCCACCAUUACAAAAACAGAAGGAACUAUAACAACUUUUUCGGGAACAAUAACAGAAGGGACUGAUACUGGAAUUAAAACAGAAGUGACUGCAACCACUCCCGCUGGUACGAAAACAGAAGUUACUGAAUCAAUUCCCACCAUUACAAAAACAGAAGGAACUAUAACAACUUUUUCGGGAACAAUAACAGAAGGGACUGAUACUGGAAUUAAAACAGAAGUGACUGCAACCACUCCCGCUGGUACGAAAACAGAAGUUACUGAAUCAAUUCCCACCAUUACAAAAACAGAAGGAACUAUAACAACUUUUUCGGGAACAAUAACAGAAGGGACUGAUACUGGAAUUAAAACAGAAGUGACUGCAACCACUCCCGCUGGUACGAAAACAGAAGUUACUGAAUCAAUUCCCACCAUUACAAAAACAGAAGGAACUAUAACAACUUUCUCAGGAAUAACAAUAGAAGGGACUGAAACUGGCAUAAAAACAGACGAGAUUGCCACUACUCCCGCUGGUACAAAAACAAAACCGACGGAAACAACGCACGCUGGUACAAUGACAGGCGUGACUGACACAAUUCCCGCUAUUACAACAGAAGGAAUUUUAACAACUAUUUCUGGAACAAUAACAGAAGGGACUGAAACUGGAAUUAAAACGGAUGUAAUUGCAACCACUCCCGUUGGUACGAAAACAGAAGUUACUGAAUCAAUUCCCACCAUUACAAAAACAGAAGGAACUAUAACAACUUUUUCGGGAACAAUAACAGAAGGGACUGAUACUGGAAUUAAAACAGAAGUGACUGCAACCACUCCCGCUGGUACAAAAACAGACGUGACGAAAACAAUUCCCGCUAUAACAAAAACAGAAGGACCCAUAACAACUUUCUCAGGAACAAUUACAGGAGGGACUGAAACUAGUAUACACACAGAAGUGAUUACAGCUACUUCCGCUGGUACAAAAACAGAAGUUACUGAAUCAAUUCCCGCUAUUACAAAAACAGAAGGAACUAUAACAACUUUCUCAGGAAUAACAAUAGAAGGGACUGAAACUGGCAUAAAAACAGACGAGAUUACCACUACUCCCGCUGGUACAAAAACAAAACCGACGGAUACAACGCACGCUGGUACAAUGACAGGCGUGACUGACACAAUUCCCGCUAUUACAACAGAAGGAAUUUUAACAACUAUUUCUGGAACAAUAACAGAAGGGACUGAAACUGGAAUUAAAACGGAUGUAAUUGCAACCACUCCCGUUGGUACGAAAACAGAAGUUACUGAAUCAAUUCCCACCAUUACAAAAACAGAAGGAACUAUAACAACUUUUUCGGGAACAAUAACAGAAGGGACUGAUACUGGAAUUAAAACAGAAGUGACUGCAACCACUCCCGCUGGUACGAAAACAGAAGUUACUGAAUCAAUUCCCACCAUUACAAAAACAGAAGGAACUAUAACAACUUUCUCAGGAAUAACAAUAGAAGGGACUGAAACUGGCAUAAAAACAGACGAGAUUGCCACUACUCCCGUUGGUACGAAAACAGAAGUUACUGAAUCAAUUCCCACCAUUACAAAAACAGAAGGAACUAUAACAACUUUCUCAGGAAUAACAAUAGAAGGGACUGAAACUGGCAUAAAAACAGACGAGAUUGCCACCACUCCUGCUGGUACAAAAACAAAACCGACGGAUACAACGCACGCUGGUACAAUGACAGGCGUGACUGACACAAUUCCCGCUAUUACAACAGAAGGAAUUUUAACAACUAUUUCUGGAACAAUAACAGAAGGGACUGAAACUGGAAUUAAAACGGAUGUAAUUGCAACCACUCCCGUUGGUACGAAAACAGAAGUUACUGAAUCAAUUCACACCAUUACAAAAACAGAAGGAACUGAUACUGGAAUUAAAACAGAAGUGACUGCAACCAGUCCCGCUGAUACGAUAACAGAAGUGACAGAAACAAUUCCCGCUAUAACAAAAACAGAAGGAACCAUAACAACUUCCUCAGGAACAAUUACAGAAGGGACUGAAACUGGUAUAAAAACAGACGAGAUUGCAACCACUACCGCUGGUACAAAAACAAAAUUGACGAAAACAACUCACGCUGGUACAAAGACAGGAAUGACUGAAACAAUUCCCGCUAUUACAACAGAAGGAAUUCUAACAACUAUUUCUGGAACAAUAACAGAAGGGACUGAAACUGGAAUUAAAACGGAUGUAAUUGCAACCACACCCGUUGGUACGAAAACAGAAGUUACUGAAUCAAUUCCCACCAUUACAAAAACAGAAGGAACUAUAACAACUUUUUCGGGAACAAUAACAGAAGGGACUGAUACUGGAAUUAAAACAGAAGUGACUGCAACCACUCCCGCUGGUACGAAAACAGAAGUUACUGAAUCAAUUCCCACCAUUACAAAAACAGAAGGUACUAUAACAACUUUUUCGGGAACAAUAACAGAAGGGACUGAUACUGGAAUUAAAACAGAAGUGACUGCAACCACUCCCGCUGGUACGAAAACAGAAGUUACUGAAUCAAUUCCCACCAUUACAAAAACAGAAGGAACUAUAACAACUUUUUCGGGAACAAUAACAGAAGGGACUGAUACUGGAAUUAAAACAGAAGUGACUGCAACCAGUCCUGCUGAUACGAUAACAGAAGUGACGGAAACAAUUCCCGCUAUAACAAAAACAGAAGGAACCAUAACAACUUCCUCAGGAACAAUUACAGAAGGGACUGAUACUGGAAUCAAAACAGAAGUGACUGCAACCACUCCCGCUGGUACGAAAACAGAAGUUACUGAAUCAAUUCCCACCAUUACAAAAACAGAAGGAACUAUAACAACUUUCUCAGGAAUAACAAUAGAAGGGACUGAAACUGGCAUAAAAACAGAUGAGAUUACCACUACUCCCGCUGGUACAAAAACAAAACCGACGGAUACAACGCACGCUGGUACAAUGACAGGCGUGACUGACACAAUUCCCGCUAUUACAACAGAAGGAAUUUUAACAACUAUUUCUGGAACAAUAACAGAAGGGACUGAAACUGGAAUUAAAACGGAUGUAAUUGCAACCACUCCCGUUGGUACGAAAACAGAAGUUACUGAAUCAAUUCCCACCAUUACAAAAACAGAAGGAACUAUAACAACUUUUUCGGGAACAAUAACAGAAGGGACUGAUACUGGAAUUAAAACAGAAGUGACUGCAACCACUCCCGCUGGUACGAAAACAGAAGUUACUGAAUCAAUUCCCACCAUUACAAAAACAGAAGGAACUAUAACAACUUUUUCGGGAACAAUAACAGAAGGGACUGAAACUGGAAUUAAAACGGAUGUAAUUGCAACCACUCCCGCUGGUACGAAAACAGAAGUUACUGAAUCAAUUCCCACCAUUACAAAAACAGAAGGAACUAUAACAACUUUUUCGGGAACAAUAACAGAAGGGACUGACACUGGAAUUAAAACAGAAGUGACUGCAACCACUCCCGCUGAUACGAUAACAGAAGUGACGGAAACAAUUCCCGCUAUAACGAAAACAGAAGGAACUAUAACAACUUCCUCAGGAACAAUUACAGAAGGGACUGAAACUGGUAUAAAAACAGACGAGAUUGCAACCACUACCGCUGGUACAAAAACAAAAUUGACGGAAACAACUCACGCUGGUACAAAGACAGGAAUGACUGAAACAAUUCCCGCUAUUACAACAGAAGGAAUUCUAACAACUAUUUCUGGAACAAUAACAGAAGGGACUGAAACUGGAAUUAAAACGGAUGUAAUUGCAACCACUCCCGCUGGUACGAAAACAGAAGUUACUGAAUCAAUUCCCACCAUUACAAAAACAGAAGGAACUAUAACAACUUUUUCGGGAACAAUAACAGAAGGGACUGAUACUGGAAUUAAAACAGAAGUGACUGCAACCACUCCCGCUGGUACGAAAACAGAAGUUACUGAAUCAAUUCCCACCAUUACAAAAACAGAAGGAACUAUAACAACUUUUUCGGGAACAAUAACAGAAGGGACUGAAACUGGAAUUAAAACGGAUGUAAUUGCAACCACUCCCGCUGGUACGAAAACAGAAGUUACUGAAUCAAUUCCCACCAUUACAAAAACAGAAGGAACUAUAACAACUUUUUCGGGAACAAUAACAGAAGGGACUGAAACUGGAAUUAAAACGGAUGUAAUUGCAACCAGUCCCGCUGAUACGAUAACAGAAGUGACGGAAACAAUUCCCGCUAUAACAAAAACAGAAGGAACCAUAACAACUUCCUCAGGAACAAUUACAAAAGGGACUGAAACUGGUAUAAAAACAGACGAGAUUGCAACCACUACCGCUGGUACAAAAACAAAAUUGACGAAAACAACUCACGCUGGUACAAAGACAGGAAUGACUGAAACAAUUCCCGCUAUUACAACAGAAGGAAUUCUAUCAACUAUUUCUGGAACAAUAACAGAAGGGACUGAAACUGGAAUUAAAACGGAUGUAAUUGCAACCACUCCCGUUGGUACGAAAACAGAAGUUACUGAAUCAAUUCCCACCAUUACAAAAACAGAAGGAACUAUAACAACUUUUUCGGGAACAAUAACAGAAGGGACUGAUACUGGAAUUAAAACAGAAGUGACUGCAACCACCCCCGCUGGUACGAAAACAGAAGUUACUGAAUCAAUUCCCACCAUUACAAAAACAGAAGGAACUAUAACAACUUUCUCAGGAAUAACAAUAGAAGGGACUGAAACUGGCAUAAAAACAGACGAGAUUGCCACCACUCCCGCUGGUACAAAAACAAAACCGACGGAUACAACGCACGCUGGUACAAUGACAGGAGUAACUCAAACAAUUACCGCUAUUAAGACAACAGAAGGAAUUCUAACAACUAUUUCUGGAACAAUAACGGAAGGGACUGAAACUAAUAUACAAACAGAAGUGAUUGCAACCACUCCGGCUGGUACGAAAACAGAAGUGACGGAAACAAUUCCCGCUAUAACAAAAACAGAAGGAACCAUAACAACUUUCUCAGGAACAAUUACAGGAGGGACUGAAACUAGUAUACACACAGAAGUGAUUGCAACCACUCCCGCUGGUACAAAAACAGAAGUGACGGAAACAAUUCCCCUUAUAACAAAAACAGAAGGAACCAUAACAACUUCCUCAGGAACAAUUACAGGAGGGACUGAUACUGGUAUAAAAACAGACGAGAUUGCAACCACUAUCGAUGGUACAACAACAAAAUUGACGGAAACAACUCAUGCUGGUACAAAGACAGGAGUGACUGAAACAAUUCCCGCUAUUGUGACAACAGAAGGAACUAUAACAACUACUUCUGGAACAAUAAUAGAAGGAACUGAAACUGGAAUUAAAACAGAUGUAAUUGCAACCACUCCCGCUGGUACGAAAACAGAAGUUACUGAAUCAAUUCCCACCAUUACAAAAACAGAAGGAACUAUAACAACUUUUUCGGGAACAAUAACAGAAGGGACUGAUACUGGACUUAAAACAGAAGUGACUACAACCACUCCCGCUGGUACGAAAACAGAAGUUACUGAAUCAAUUCCCACCAUUACAAAAACAGAAGGAACUAUAACAACUUUUUCGGGAACAAUAACAGAAGGGACUGAUACUGGAAUUAAAACAGAAGUGACUACAACCACUCCCGCUGGUACGAAAACAGAAGUUACUGAAUCAAUUCCCACCAUUACAAAAACAGAAGGAACUAUAACAACUUUUUCGGGAACAAUAACAGAAGGGACUGAUACUGGACUUAAAACAGAAGUGACUGCAACCACUCCCGCUGGUACAAAAACAGACGUGACGAAAACAAUUCCCGCUAUAACAAAAACAGAAGGACCCAUAACAACUUUCUCAGGAACAAUUACAGGAAGGACCGAAACUAGUAUACACACAGAAGUGAUUACAGCUACUUCCGCUGGUACAAAAACAGAAGUUACUGAAUCAAUUCCCGCUAUGACAAAACCAGAAGGAACUAUAACAACUUCCUCAGGAACAAUUAAAGAAGGGACUGAAACUGGUAUAAAAACAGACGAGAUUGCAACCACUACCGCUGGUACAAAAACAAAAUUGACGGAAACAACUCACGCUGGUACAAAGACAGGAAUGACUGAAACAAUUCCCGCUAUUACAACAGAAGGAAUUCUAACAACUAUUUCUGGAACAAUAACAGAAGGGACUGAAACUGGAAUUAAAACGGAUGUAAUUGCAACCACUCCCGCUGGUACGAAAACAGAAGUGACGGAAACAAUUCCCGCUAUAACAAAAACAGAAGGAACCAUAACAACUUUCUCAGGAACAAUUACAGGAGGGACUGAAACUAGUAUACACACAGAAGUGAUUGCAACCACUCCCGCUGGUACAAAAACAGAAGUGACGGAAACAAUUCCCGUUAUAACAAAAACAGAAGGAACCAUAACAACUUCCUCAGGAACAAUUACAGGAGGGACUGAUACUGGUAUAAAAACAGACGAGAUUGCAACCACUAUCGAUGGUACAAAAACAAAAUUGACGGAAACAACUCAUGCUGGUACAAAGACAGGAGUGACUGAAACAAUUACCGCUAUUAUGACAACAGAAGGAAUUUUAACAACUAUUUCUGGAACAAUAAUAGAAGGAACUGAAACUGGAAUUAAAACAGAUGUAAUUGCAACCACUCCCGCUGGUACGAAAACAGAAGUUACUGAAUCAAUUCCCACCAUUACAAAAACAGAAGGAACUAUAACAACUUUCUCAGGAAUAACAAUAGAAGGCACUGAAACUGGCAUAAAAACAGACGAGAUUGCCACCACUCCCGCUGGUACAAAAACAGAAGGAACCAUAACAACUUCCUCAGGAACAAUUACAGGAGGGACUGAUACUGGUAUAAAAACAGACGAGAUUGCAACCACUAUCGAUGGUACAAAAACAAAAUUGACGGAAACAACUCAUGCUGGUACAAAGACAGGAGUGACUGAAACAAUUCCCGCUAUUAUGACAACAGAAGGAACUAUAACAACUAUUUCUGGAACAAUAACGGAAGGGACUGAAACUAAUAUACAAACAGAAGUGAUUGCAACCACUCCGGCUGGUACGAAAACAGAAGUGACGGAAACAAUUCCCGCUAUUACAACAGAAGGAAUUCUAACAACUAUUUCUGGAACAAUAAUAGAAGGGACUGAAACUGGAAUUAAAACAGAUGUAAUUGCAACCACUCCCGCUGGUACGAAAACAGAAGUUACUGAAUCAAUUCCCACCAUUACAAAAACAGAAGGAACCAUAACAACUUCCUCAGGAACAAUUACAGGAGGGACUGAUACUGGAAUUAAAACAGAAGUGACUGCAACCACUCCCGCUGAUACGAUAACAGAAGUGACGGAAACAAUUCCCGCUAUAACAAAAACAGACGGAACCAUAACAACUUCCUCAGGAACAAUCACAGGAGGGACUGAUACUGGUAUAAAAACAGACGAGAUUGCAACCACUAUCGAUGAUACAAAAACAAAAUUGACGGAAUCAACUCAUGCUGGUACAAAGACAGGAGUGACUGAAACAAUUCCCGCUAUUGCGACAACAGAAGGAACUAUUACAACAAUUUCUGGAACAAUAAUAGAAGGAACUGAAACUGGAAUUAAAACAGAUGUAAUUGCAACCACUCCCGCUGGUACGAAAACAGAAGUUACUGAAUCAAUUCCCACCAUUACAAAAACAGAAGGAACUAUAACAACUUUCUCAGGUAUAACAAUAGAAGGGACUGAAACUGGCAUAAAAACAGAUGAGAUUGCCACCACUCCCGCUGGUACAAAAACAAAAUUGACAGAAACAACUCACGUUGGUACAAAGACAGGAGUAACUGAAACAAUUACCGCUAUUACGACAACAGAAGGAAUUCUAACAACUAUUUCUGGAACAAUAACGGAAGGGACUAAAACUAAUAUACAAACAGAAGUGAUUGCAACCACUCCCGCUGAUACGAUAACAAAAGUGACGGAAACAAUCCCCGCUAUAACAAAAACAGAAGGAACCAUAACAACUUCCUCAGGAACAAUGACAGGAGGGACUGAAACUAGUAUACACACAGAAGUGAUUACAACCACUUCCGCUGGUACCAAGACAGAAGUUACUGAAUCAAUUCCCACCAUUACAAAAACAGAAGGAACUAUAACAACUUUCUCAGGAAUAACAACAGAAGGGACUGAAACUGGUAUAAAAACAGACGAGAUUGCAACCACUACUGCUGGUACAAAAACAAAAUUGACGGAAACAACUAACGCUGGUACAAAGACAGGAAUGACUGAAACAAUUCCCGCUAUUACAACAGAAGGAAUUCUAACAACUAUUUCUGGAACAAUAACAGGAGGGACUGAAACUGGAAUUAAAACGGAUGUAAUUGCAACCACUCCUGCUGGUACGAAAACAGAAGUUACUGAAACAAUUCCCACCAUUACAAAAACAGAAGGAACUAAAACAACUUUCUCAGGAAUAACAACAGAAGGGACUGAAACUGGUAUAAAAACAGACGAGAUUGCAACCACUACUGCUGGUACAAAAACAAAAUUGACGGAAACAACUAACGCUGGUACAAAGACAGGAAUGACUGAAACAAUUCCCGCUAUUACAACAGAAGGAAUUCUAACAACUAUUUCUGGAACAAUAACAGAAGGGACUGAAACUGGAAUUAAAACGGAUAUAAUUGCAACCACUCCCUUUGGUACGAAAACAGAAGUUACUGAAUCAAUUCCCACCAUUACAAAAACAGAAGGAACUAUAACAACUUUUUCGGGAACAAUAACAGAAGGGACUGAUACUGGAAUUAAAACAGAAGUGACUGCAACCACUCCCGCUGGUACGAAAACAGAAGUUACUGAAUCAAUUCCCACCAUUACAAAAACAGAAGGAACUAUAACAACUUUCUCAGGAAUAACAAUAGAAGGGACUGAAACUGGCAUAAAAACAGACGAGAUUGCCACCACUCCCGCUGGUACAAAAACAAAACCGACGGAUACAACGCACGCUGGUACAAUGACAGGCGUGACUGACACAAUUCCCGCUAUUACAACAGAAGGAAUUUUAACAACUAUUUCUGGAACAAUAACAGAAGGGACUGAAACUGGAAUUAAAACGGAUGUAAUUGCAACCACUCCCGUUGGUACGAAAACAGAAGUUACUGAAUCAAUUCACACCAUUACAAAAACAGAAGGAACUAUAACAACUUUUUCGGGAACAAUAACAGAAGGAACUGAUACUGGAAUUAAAACAGAAGUGACUGCAACCAGUCCCGCUGAUACGAUAACAGAAGUGACGGAAACAAUUCCCGCUAUAACAAAAACAGAAGGAACCAUAACAACUUCCUCAGGAACAAUUACAAAAGGGACUGAAACUGGUAUAAAAACAGACGAGAUUGCAACCACUACCGCUGGUACAAAAACAAAAUUGACGAAAACAACUCACGCUGGUACAAAGACAGGAAUGACUGAAACAAUUCCCGCUAUUACAACAGAAGGAAUUCUAACAACUAUUUCUGGAACAAUAACAGAAGGGACUGAAACUGGAAUUAAAACGGAUGUAAUUGCAACCACUCCCGUUGGUACGAAAACAGAAGUUACUGAAUCAAUUCCCACCAUUACAAAAACAGAAGGAACUAUAACAACUUUUUCGGGAACAAUAACAGAAGGGACUGAUACUGGAAUUAAAACAGAAGUGACUGCAACCACUCCCGCUGGUACGAAAACAGAAGUUACUGAAUCAAUUCCCACCAUUACAAAAACAGAAGGAACUAUAACAACUUUCUCAGGAAUAACAAUAGAAGGGACUGAAACUGGCAUAAAAACAGACGAGAUUGCCACCACUCCCGCUGGUACAAAAACAAAACCGACGGAUACAACGCACGCUGGUACAAUGACAGGAGUAACUCAAACAAUUACCGCUAUUAAGACAACAGAAGGAAUUCUAACAACUAUUUCUGGAACAAUAACGGAAGGGACUGAAACUAAUAUACAAACAGAAGUGAUUGCAACCACUCCGGCUGGUACGAAAACAGAAGUGACGGAAACAAUUCCCGCUAUAACAAAAACAGAAGGAACCAUAACAACUUUUUCAGGAACAAUUACAGGAGGGACUGAAACUAGUAUACACACAGAAGUGAUUGCAACCACUCCCGCUGGUACAAAAACAGAAGUGACGGAAACAAUUCCCCUUAUAACAAAAACAGAAGGAACCAUAACAACUUCCUCAGGAACAAUUACAGGAGGGACUGAUACUGGUAUAAAAACAGACGAGAUUGCAACCACUAUCGAUGGUACAAAAACAAAAUUGACGGAAACAACUCAUGCUGGUACAAAGACAGGAGUGACUGAAACAAUUCCCGCUAUUGUGACAACAGAAGGAACUAUAACAACUAUUUCUGGAACAAUAAUAGAAGGAACUGAAACUGGAAUUAAAACAGAUGUAAUUGCAACCACUCCCGCUGGUACGAAAACAGAAGUUACUGAAUCAAUUCCCACCAUUACAAAAACAGAAGGAACUAUAACAACUUUUUCGGGAACAAUAACAGAAGGAACUGAUACUGGAAUUAAAACAGAAGUGACUGCAACCAGUCCCGCUGAUACGAUAACAGAAGUGACGGAAACAAUUCCCGCUAUAACAAAAACAGAAGGAACCAUAACAACUUCCUCAGGAACAAUUACAAAAGGGACUGAAACUGGUAUAAAAACAGACGAGAUUGCAACCACUACCGCUGGUACAAAAACAAAAUUGACGAAAACAACUCACGCUGGUACAAAGACAGGAAUGACUGAAACAAUUCCCGCUAUUACAACAGAAGGAAUUCUAACAACUAUUUCUGGAACAAUAACAGAAGGGACUGAAACUGGAAUUAAAACGGAUGUAAUUGCAACCACUCCCGUUGGUACGAAAACAGAAGUUACUGAAUCAAUUCCCACCAUUACAAAAACAGAAGGAACUAUAACAACUUUUUCGGGAACAAUAACAGAAGGGACUGAUACUGGAAUUAAAACAGAAGUGACUGCAACCACUCCCGCUGGUACGAAAACAGAAGUUACUGAAUCAAUUCCCACCAUUACAAAAACAGAAGGAACUAUAACAACUUUCUCAGGAAUAACAAUAGAAGGGACUGAAACUGGCAUAAAAACAGACGAGAUUGCCACCACUCCCGCUGGUACAAAAACAAAACCGACGGAUACAACGCACGCUGGUACAAUGACAGGAGUAACUCAAACAAUUACCGCUAUUAAGACAACAGAAGGAAUUCUAACAACUAUUUCUGGAACAAUAACGGAAGGGACUGAAACUAAUAUACAAACAGAAGUGAUUGCAACCACUCCGGCUGGAGGGACUGAUACUGGUAUAAAAACAGACGAGAUUGCAACCACUAUCGAUGGUACAAAAACAAAAUUGACGGAAACAACUCAUGCUGGUACAAAGACAGGAGUGACUGAAACAAUUCCCGCUAUUGUGACAACAGAAGGAACUAUAACAACUAUUUCUGGAACAAUAAUAGAAGGAACUGAAACUGGAAUUAAAACAGAUGUAAUUGCAACCACUCCCGCUGGUACGAAAACAGAAGUUACUGAAUCAAUUCCCACCAUUACAAAAACAGAAGGAACUAUAACAACUUUUUCGGGAACAAUAACAGAAGGGACUGAUACUGGAAUUAAAACAGAAGUGACUACAACCACUCCCGCUGGUACGAAAACAGAAGUUACUGAAUCAAUUCCCACCAUUACAAAAACAGAAGGAAUUCUAACAACUAUUUCUGGAACAAUAACGGAAGGGACUAAAACUAAUAUACAAACAGAAGUGAUUGCAACCACUCCCGCUGAUACGAUAACAAAAGUGACGGAAACAAUCCCCGCUAUAACAAAAACAGAAGGAACCAUAACAACUUCCUCAGAAACAAUUACAGGAGGGACUGAAACUAGUAUACACACAGAAGUGACUGCAACCACUCCCGCUGGUACAAAAACAGACGUGACGAAAACAGUUCCCGCUAUAACAAAAACAGAAGGACCCAUAACAACUUUCUCAGGAACAAUUACAGGAGGAACUGAAACUAGUAUACACACAGAAGUGAUUACAACUACUUCCGCUGGUACAAAAACAGAAGUUACUGAAUCAAUUCCCGCUAUUACCAUACCAGAAGGAACUAUAACAACUUCCUCAGGAACAAUUACAGAAGAGACUGAAACUGGUAUAAAAACAGACGAAAUUGCAACCACUACCGCUGGUACAAAAACAAAAUGGACGGAAACAACUCACGCUGGUACAAAGACAGGAAUGACUGAAACAAUUCCCGCUAUUACAACAGAAGGAAUUCUAACAACUAUUUCUGGAACAAUAAUAGAGGGGACUGAAACUGGAAUUAAAACAGAUGUAAUUGCAACCACUCCCGCUGGUACGAAAACAGAAGUUACUGAAUCAAUUCCCACCAUUACAAAAACAGAAGGAACUAUAACAACUUUUUCGGGAACAAUAACAGAAGGAACUGAUACUGGAAUUAAAACAGAAGUGACUGCAACCAGUCCCGCUGAUACGAUAACAGAAGUGACGGAAACAAUUCCCGCUAUAACAAAAACAGACGGAACCAUAACAACUUCCUCAGGAACAAUUACAGGAGGGACUGAUACUGGUAUAAAAACAGAAGUGACUGCAACCACUCCCGCUGAUACGAUAACAGAAGUGACGGAAACAAUUCCCGCUAUAACAAAAACAGACGGAACCAUAACAACUUCCUCAGGAACAAUGACAGGAGGGACUGAUACUGGUAUAAAAACAGACGAGAUUGCAACCACUACUGCUGGUACAAAAACAAAAUUGACGGAAACAACUAACGCUGGUACAAAGACAGGAAUGACUGAAACAAUUCCCGCUAUUACAACAGAAGGAAUUCUAACAACUAUUUCUGGAACAAUAACAGAAGGGACUGAAACUGGAAUUAAAACGGAUAUAAUUGCAACCACUCCCUUUGGUACGAAAACAGAAGUUACUGAAUCAAUUCCCACCAUUUCAAAAACAGAAGGAACUAUAACAACUUUUUCGGGAAUAAUAACAGAAGGGACUGAUAUUGGAAUUAAAACAGAAGUGACUGCAACCACUCCCGCUGGUACAAAAACAGACGUGACGAAAACAAUUCCCGCUAUAACAAAAACAGAAGGACCCAUAACAACUUUCUCAGGAACAAUUACAGGAGGAACUGAAACUAGUAUACACACAGAAGUGAUUACAACUACUUCCGCUGGUACAAAAACAGAAGUUACUGAAUCAAUUCCCGCUAUUACCAUACCAGAAGGAACUAUAACAACUUCCUCAGGAACAAUUACAGAAGAGACUGAAACUGGUAUAAAAACAGACGAAAUUGCAACUACUACCGCUGGUACAAAAACAAAAUGGACGGAAACAACUCACGCUGGUACAAAGACAGGAAUGACUGAAACAAUUCCCGCUAUUACAACAGAAGGAAUUCUAACAACUAUUUCUGGAACAAUAAUAGAAGGGACUGAAACUGGAAUUAAAACGGAUGUAAUUGCAACCACUCCCGCUGGUACGAAAACAGAAGUUACUGAAUCAAUUCCCACCAUUACAAAAACAGAAGGAACUAUAACAACUUUUUCGGGAACAAUAACAGAAGGAACUGAUACUGGAAUUAAAACAGAAGUGACUGCAACCAGUCCCGCUGAUACGAUAACAGAAGUGACGGAAACAAUUCCCGCUAUAACAAAAACAGACGGAACCAUAACAACUUCCUCAGGAACAAUUACAGGAGGGACUGAUACUGGUAUAAAAACAGAAGUGACUGCAACCACUCCCGCUGAUACGAUAACAGAAGUGACGGAAACAAUUCCCGCUAUAACAAAAACAGACGGAACCAUAACAACUUCCUCAGGAACAAUGACAGGAGGGACUGAUACUGGUAUAAAAACAGACGAGAUUGCAACCACUAUCGAUGAUACAAAAACAAAAUUGACGGAAUCAACUCAUGCUGGUACAAAGACAGGAGUGACUGAAACAAUUCCCGCUAUUGCGACAACAGAAGAAACUAUUACAACAAUUUCUGGAACAAUAAUAGAAGGGACUGAAACUGGAAUUAAAACAGAUGUAAUUGCAACCACUCCCGCUGGUACGAAAACAGAAGUUACUGAAUCAAUUCCCACCAUUACAAAAACAGAAGGAACUAUAACAACUUUCUCAGGUAUAACAAUAGAAGGGACUGAAACUGGCAUAAAAACAGAUGAGAUUGCCACCACUCCCGCUGGUACAAAAACAAAAUUGACGGAAACAACUCACGUUGGUACAAAGACAGGAGUAACUGAAACAAUUACCGCUAUUACGACAACAGAAGGAAUUCUAACAACUAUUUCUGGAACAAUAACGGAAGGGACUAAAACUAAUAUACAAACAGAAGUGAUUGCAACCACUCCCGCUGAUACGAUAACAGAAGUGACGGAAACAAUCCCCGCUAUAACAAAAACAGAAGGAACCAUAACAACUUCCUCAGAAACAAUUACAGGAGGGACUGAAACUAGUAUACACACAGAAGUGAUUGCAACCACUCCCGCAGAUACGAUAACAGAAGUGACGGAAACAAUUCCCGCUAUAACAAAAACAGAAGGAACCAUAACAACUUCCUCAGGAACAAUUACAGGAGGGACUGAAACUAGUAUACACACAGAAGUGAUUGCAACCUCUCCCGCUGGUACAAAAACAGAAGUGACGGAAACAAUUCCCGCUAUAACAAAAACAGAAGGAACCAUAACAACUUCCUCAGGAACAAUUACAGGAGGGACUGAAACUAGUAUACACACAGAAGUGAUUGCAACCACUCCCGCUGGUACAAAAACAGAAGUGACGGAAACAAUUCCCGCUAUAACAAAAACAGAAGGAACCAUAACAACUUUCUCAGGAACAAUUACAGGAGGGACUGAAACUAGUAUACACACAGAAGUGAUUACAACCACUUCCGCUGGUACCAAGACAGAAGUUACUGAAUCAAUUCCCGCUAUCACAAAACCAGAAGGAACUAUAACAACUUCCUCAGGAACAAUUACAGAAGGGACUGAAACUGGUAUACAAACAGACGAGAUUUCAACCACUACCGCUGGUACUAAAACAAAAUUGACGGACACAACUCACGCUGGUACAAAGACAGGAAUGACUGAAACAAUUCCCGUUAUUACAACAGAAGGAAUUCUAACAACUAUUUCUGGAACAAUAACAGAAGGGACUGAAACUGGAAUUAAAACGGAUGUAAUUGCAACCACUCCCGCUGGUACGAAAACAGAAGUUACUGAAUCAAUUCCCACCAUUACAAAAACAGAAGGAACUGAAACUGGUAUAAAAACAGACGAGAUUCAAACCACUACCGCUGGUACACAAACAAAAUUGACGGAAACAACUCACGCUGGUACAAAGACAGGUAUGACUGAAACAAUUCCCGCUAUUGCGACAACAGAUGGAACUAUAACAACUAUUUCUGGAACAAUAAUAGAAGGGACUGAAACUGGAAUUAAAACAGAUGUAAUUGCAACCACUCCCGCUGAUACGAUAACAGAAGUGACGGAAACAAUUCCCGCUAUAACAAAAACAGAAGGAACCAUAACAACUUCCUCAGGAACAAUUACAGGAGGGACUGAAACUAGUAUACACACAGAAGUGAUUGCAACCUCUCCCGCUGGUACAAAAACAGAAGUGACGGAAACAAUUCCCGCUAUAACAAAAACAGAAGGAACCAUAACAACUUCCUCAGGAACAAUUACAGGAGGGACUGAAACUAGUAUACACACAGAAGUGAUUGCAACCACUCCCGCUGGUACAAAAACAGAAGUGACGGAAACAAUUCCCGCUAUAACAAAAACAGAAGGAACCAUAACAACUUUCUCAGGAACAAUUACAGGAGGGACUGAAACUAGUAUACACACAGAAGUGAUUACAACCACUUCCGCUGGUACCAAGACAGAAGUUACUGAAUCAAUUCCCGCUAUCACAAAACCAGAAGGAACUAUAACAACUUCCUCAGGAACAAUUACAGAAGGGACUGAAACUGGUAUACAAACAGACGAGAUUUCAACCACUACCGCUGGUACUAAAACAAAAUUGACGGACACAACUCACGCUGGUACAAAGACAGGAAUGACUGAAACAAUUCCCGUUAUUACAACAGAAGGAAUUCUAACAACUAUUUCUGGAACAAUAACAGAAGGGACUGGAAUUAAAACAGAUGUAAUUGCAACCACUCCCGCUGGUAAGAAAACAGAAGUUACUGAAUCAAUUCCCACCAUUACAAAAACAGAAGGAACUAUAACAACUUUUUCGGGAACAAUAACAGAAGGGACUGAUACUGGAAUUAAAACAGAAUUGACUGCAACCACUCCCGCUGAUACGAAAACAGAAGUUACUGAAUCAAUUCCCGCAAUUACAAAAACAGAAGGAACUAUAACAACUUUCUCAGGAAUAACAACAGAAGGGACUGAAACUGGCAUAAAAACAGACGAGAUUGCCACUACUCCCGCUGGUACAAAAACAAAAUUGACGGAAACAACUCACGUUGGUACAAAGACAGGAGUGACUGAAACAAUUACCGCUAUUACAACAGAAGAAAUUCUAACAACUAUUUCUGGAACAAUAACGGAAGGGACUGAAACUAAUAUACAAACAGAAGAACAAUUAUAG